AUGAACUUUUCUGAUCACUCCUGUAUGAUCAUUUUUAUAUUGAGCCAUGGUGACAGAACAAGUAUAAUUUCUGCAAAAGAUACAAAAUAUAAUUUGGAAGAUACUAUUAUAUUUUCACUACUUCGCAACGGUUCCUUGGAUGAAAAACCAAAAUUUCUAUUUAUUGAUACUUGUAAGGGUAAAAAUACUCCGGAAAAAAUCAGAAAUGAGGAUGCAAACGAACAGAGAUUUCCCGGGCAAUGUGUGCAAAGUCAAAUACAUGACUUAUAUAUACCCGACUAUUUACUUAUAUUUUAUUCUACAUAUGAAGGUUUCGUUUCAUAUUGUAAUCAUAGAGACGGAUCAAUUUUCACACAAACAUUAUGCAAGUACUUGGUAAAAUAUGGUCAGGACAGAAGCCUAAUGUAUAUAAUCGAAAAAGUUAUGGAAGCUGUUAAAGUCUCGAAAAAUGGUAAACAAUCGCCAUGCAUAACAACCAAUUACUUAAAAACUUAUUGCUUUGGAGACUAUCUGAAUCAAUCCAGCUCUAUUUUCUGAGUUUUAUCGUAUGAAAUUCUCUUAAAUAAAAAAAAUAUACCUGACGUUGCUUCCCUGGAUUCAGUAUUGUCGAUUAUAAUUGCAAAAGGAUGAUAAAAAUGCGAAGAGAUGACUAAUUGUUAAUUUCUCGGACUUUGAUUAUAAGUCUUGCCUGUCUCCUAAAAACAGACCAUGUACAAAUAAAGGGAAAUACUUUUGUGUUUAUUGUUAAAAAUUC